UUGGAAUCAUUUGUGGCAGAACUACUUAUUGGAAUUGUAACAUUUUUCGUCUUCAUCUAUUGGUUCCUCACGAACAACUUUGACUAUUGGGAAAAGCGAAAUGUGUUCUACCUAAAACCCAUUCCGUUAUUUGGAAACUUCAAGGACCGUCUCCUCUUUCGAAAAACAAAUUCCCAAGUGUCCAAGGAACUGUACGAUGAAGCGAAAGGUCAAAAAAUAUUCGGUACGUGGAUGUUUAAAUUACCGUUUCUUUGGAUCCGUGACCCGGAAAUAAUCAAAAGAGUUCUAGUCAAGGAUUUCGCCCACUUCCACGACCGCGGCAUGGCGAUGGAUGAAGAGAAAAACCCUUUGAGUGCAAAUCUCUUCAAUCUUCCUGGCGCUAGAUGGCGCGCACUUCGAACAAAAUUGACCCCAACUUUCACGUCUGGCAAAAUGAAGAUGAUGUUUGAGCUGAUGCACGAAUGUGCUCGAGAAUUCGUAGACUUCGUGAGCUUUGAAGCAGAUGCAAACGGUGAAGUAGAAUUCAAAGAAGUUUUUGCUAAACUUACGACUGACAUCAUUGGUUCAUGUGCUUUCGGUUUGCAGUUUAAUUCAAUGAAAAACCCCGACUCUGAGUUUCGUAAAAUGGGGCGUAAAAUUUUUACGCCCGAUGCGAGUGCUGUGAUGAUAACCAUACUGCAGUUUAUGCUUCCGGCGAUAGGAAAGUUUUUCAGUAUGCGAUUGCCCACAAAGGAAGUAAGCGAUUUCUUUAUGAAGGCUGUAUUGGACACGGUGGAGUAUCGAGAAAAGAACAAUGUUAAACGAAAUGACUUCUUGCAACUUCUAAUUGAGCUGAAAAACAAAGGAAAAAUUGAAGAUGAAGAACAUGAAACAAAACCAUUCUCACAAGGGGUAACACUAGAAAAUGGAGAAGUCAAGGAAAUUGACAAAUAA